AUGGACAAAGCUACCUCGACCCCUGGAGCUCCUGAGCGGCAUGUGCUGUUGAUUGGUAUCAAUGCAUAUCAAGAUAAGCCGUUGGAAGGAUGCGUUCGAGACUGCUGGGCUAUGAGAGCCUACUUGGAAAGUCUGCCAGUACCACUGAAUCUGCGGAUGUUGACGGCAUCGCGAUCCUCGGGCACUCCACGUCCGAUUGAAGAUCCUCGGUAUUGGCCGACAUACGACAACGUAAAAGCCUGGCUCGAGGACAUCGCUUCGAGGGCGAAGCCAGGUACUCUAGUCUACAUCCACUAUUCUGGUCAUGGUGUGCGAAUCCGACCGUCAACUGCGAUUUUCAGUCUCCAGGACGGAGACGUUGCACUGGCUCUCCUUGCAGGGGACGACGGUGACAGAGUGCGCUAUCUUCGAGGCUUAGAGUUGGCACAUCAGAUCAAGGCUUUGGUAGCCAAGGGAUCGCUGGUUACUCUUGUCUUGGACUGCUGCUUCUCCGGGGGUUUCUCCCGAAUCGAUGAUACUGACAGCAUUCGAUCACUGCUCUACGAUGCCGAUAUUGACGCGAGUUACCCCUUCAACCCUGCGGCGGAAAUCGCCGCGGAUGCCAGCCACAGCGCAAGUCGCGACGUUUCCAUGCUACCAAACUGGGUCAUCAACCCGGAAGGAUACACGGUUCUCGCUGCAUGCGGUCCUCACCAAGUGGCGAGGGAGAUCGAGUUUGAGAGCGGACAGAGAAAUGGAGCCUUGUAUCGUGCAACGCUCACACAAUGGGAGUUAAAUGGGAUGUAUUGA